AUGGGCGCCAAAGUGCCUCGAAACUUCCGGCUGCUGGAAGAGUUGGAGAAGGGCGAGAAAGGUCUAGGUGCAGAAGCAUGUUCAUACGGCCUAGCAGAUAGCGACGACCUAAUGAUGACAAACUGGAACGGCACCAUCCUCGGGCCUCCCCACAGUGCCCACGAGAACCGUAUCUACAGCGUCAACAUCCACUGUGAUUCCAACUACCCUGAUCAGCCUCCCACCAUCCAAUUCGUGUCGAGAAUAAACCUGCCUUGUGUGGAUAAAAAAACAGGGAAGGUUGAUCCGUCAAAACUCCCUUGUCUGGCGCACUGGAAGCGUGACUAUACAAUGGAAACCAUCUUGAUUGAACUGAGAAGGUACAUGGCACUGCCUCAACACAAGAAACUGCCGCAACCUCCAGAAGGUACAACUUUCUAG